GCUGCCUGAGUGGGAGGCGAGGGAGUUGGGUUCUCUAGUAUGGCGGCUCUGCCGGAGGAGCCGGUUGAAGCAGUAACAGUGAAGCCUGACCCUGAUGCCGGAACGGCCCCGCCACCACCGCUGCCGCCUCCCCCUCCCCAGUCCCCUGCCACCGCAGCAGCUACGCCCCCUGUGCCUACUCCCUCGGUCGCCGGUCUCCUCACGGAUGGGGAACCACUGGCUGGAGCUGUUGACCUGAAGCCGGCGGCGGCCCCCAAUGCUGCACUGCCGGCCGCCUCACCGCUACCCACCGACCGGCAGACGUUGUUGGCUGUGCUGCAGUUCUUGCGCCGCAGCAACCUCCGCGAAUCUGAAGAGAUCCUUCGUAGAGAAGCCCGGCUACUCGCCGACGAGACCGCGGUUGAUCCCAGUCUUUCGGCGCCUGGAGUCCAGGCAGCCCAUGGCGGGGAAGGACAGGAGUGCAGCGCCGGGGUCGCGGCCCCUGGAGCAGGGGAUGUGCUGCUCAAUUCGGUCACUUUUAGCCAGGCUGGGGCGACCAUCUCUCCUGCCGCGGUCACGGCCUCUUCCGCAGUGUCCUCGGGGACCCCUGGGAAAGUUGGAGUUCUGGUAGAAGAUCAGCCAGAUGUGAGUGCAGUGUUAUCUGCCUACAAUCAGCAGGGAGACCCAGCCCUUUAUGAAGAAUACUACAGUGGCUUGAAACACUUCAUUGAAUGUGCUCUGGACUGUCAUCGAGCUGAAUUAUCACAACUUUUUUAUCCACUCUUUGUACACAUGUACUUGGAACUGGUCUACAAUGGGCAUGAAAAUGAAGCAAAAUCAUUCUUUGAAAAGUUUCAUGGGGAUCAGGAGUGUUAUUACCAAGAUGAUUUGCGGGUACUAUCAAGUUUAACCAAAAAAGAGCACAUGAGAGGAAAUGAGACAAUGCUGGAUUUCCGAACAAGCAAAUUUGUGCUACGUAUUUCCCGUGACUCUUACCAGCUCUUAAAGAGACAUCUUCAGGAAAAACAGAACAAUCAGAUCUGGAAUAUCGUUCAAGAACAUCUUUACAUUGAUAUAUUUGAUGGAAUGCCUCGUAGUAAACAACAGAUAGAUGCUAUGGUGGGAAGCUUGGCAGGGGAGGCAAAGCGAGAGGCUAAUAAAGCAAAGGUCUUUUUUGGCUUAUUAAAAGAACCAGAGAUUGAAGUGCCUUUGGAUGAUGAAGAUGAAGAAGGGGAGAAUGAGGAAGGCAAGCCGAAAAAGAAGAAACCAAGAAAAGACAGUACUGGAUCCAAGAGUAAAAAGCAAGAUCCGAAUGCUCCUCCUCAGAAUAGAAUCCCCCUUCCUGAGCUGAAGGACUCUGAUAAGCUGGAUAAAAUAAUGAAUAUGAAGGAAGCCACUAAGCGUGUACGACUUGGUCCUGACUGCUUGCCUUCCAUUUGUUUCUACACUUUUCUUAAUGCAUACCAGGGUCUUACAGCAGUGGAUAUUACAGAUGACUCUAGUAUGAUCGUUGGAGGCUUUGCAGACUCUACUGUCAGAGUAUGGUCUGUGACACCUAAAAAGCUACGUAGUGUGAAAUCAGCAGCAGAUCUCAGUCUAAUAGAUAAAGAAUCAGAUGAUGUUUUGGAAAGGAUAAUGGAUGAGAAAACAGCUAGUGAGUUGAAGAUUUUAUACGGCCACAGUGGACCUGUCUAUGGUACCAGUUUCAGCCCUGAUAGGAACUAUUUGUUGUCAUCUUCUGAAGAUGGCACUAUCAGAUUAUGGAGCCUCUUAACAUUUUCUUGUCUAGUGGGAUAUAAAGGACACAACUACCCUGUAUGGGACACACAGUUCUCUCCUUAUGGAUAUUACUUUGUAUCUGGUGGACAUGACAGAGUGGCUCGCUUGUGGGCUACAGAUCACUACCAGCCUUUGAGGAUCUUUGCUGGCCAUCUUGCUGAUGUCACAUGUACGCGUUUCCAUCCAAAUUCCAAUUAUAUUGCUACAGGCUCAGCCGAUAGGACGGUGCGACUUUGGGAUGUGUUGAAUGGGAACUGUGUAAGAAUCUUCACAGGACAUAAGGGACCAGUUCAUUCAUUAGCAUUUUCUCCUAAUGGAAGAUUCUUGGCAACUGGGGCGACAGAUGGAAGAGUGCUUCUCUGGGAUAUUGGACACGGUCUGAUGGUGGGAGAGUUAAAAGGACACACAGACACAAUCUAUGCACUCAAAUUCAGUAGAGAUGGAGAGAUCUUAGCAACAGGUUCAAUGGAUAACACUGUGAAGCUGUGGGAUGCUGUGAAAGCCUUUGAAGACUUAGAAACAGAUGAUUUUACUACAGCCACUGGACAUAUAAACCUUCCUGAAAGCUCUCAGGACUUGCUACUGGGUACAUAUAUGACCAAAUCAACCCCUGUCAUACACCUCCAUUUUACUCGCAGAAAUUUACUUCUUGCUGCUGGGGCAUACAGUCCUCAGUGAACCACAAAACUGUAAGACUUAUUUGUGUGAGUCAUGUGAAGAUCUUAGAAUAACUUGCAAAGACCAAUUGCUUUGCUGCAACACCUUCAAUUAACUUCUAUUUUUGCCUCCAGUGCAUAUUCAAUGCCACUGACAUAGGCUUAGCAGAAGUUAAGGAUAUGGCUUUAAAAAUACAGUAUAUGGGACUACCUUUCAUAACCUCAUUCAAAAAAAUGGCAAGGGGGCUGCUGAACUGCAGUGCCAAUUGCAUAAUACAAAGGCUGGCACAUACUUUUCAGCCUUUUAAAAGCACUUAUUUGGCAUUAGCACAGGUUUAGUGCUACCUAGGACUUUUAGUAAGACUUGUUUAUGUAAGUUGUAGAAGAGUAGAAUGUUUGGAGCUGGGUGCUUUAUACAGUGCAACAAGGAGGCCUGAAGCGUGGGCUAUUUGUUGUCCUCCAAUUAUUUUGGCCUAGGAAACUCCAAUUGGCCAUAACCAGUCAAGCCAAUGGUGGGGAAUGAUGGGAGCUGUGGCCCACAAGUUGUUUUGGCCUUACCUGAAUGGUUAUUUGACUUAUGCAAGUGAUGUUAUUUCUUCAGAGUUGAAGAGCACAAAUCGAACAAAUGUAUAUAAAGCGAUUGAAAAUUGCUAAAAUUUAAUUGAGUGGCAUUUAAGGAAAUGGGACUUUUACAAUGUUACUUGAAACUUUUUAAACUAUGAAACUGUUGACAAGCCUGCAUAGUUCAAUAUAUAAAUAUAGACUACUACCAUCACAAGGAUCUUUACUGCUUCCCCUCUCGACCCCAGUUAUUCAGAUAAGAACCUUUGUACCCUUUGUGCAUAAUGACAAACUCAUUAAUUCAUGCUUUCAGUGAAAAAUUGACACAAUUAUAUACUGAUUAUUGAAAUUCAGCAGUAUAGAUCUAGUCGUCAUGGUUUUGCAUUUUUGUACAGUUUUAUACUUUUGAUAUUUUAUAAUAAAAUUAUUCUCUCCGUUUAUUCCUGUCUUGAUAUGUGGGUCCUAAGUACUGGAUGUUUUUUCCCAUUUCU